CCGAGCAAUCGAGAAAUGGGAGAUCCAAUCAUGCUUCUUCUCUCAGGCUGUUUCUUCCUCUGCCUGCUCCUAGCUCUCUUCAAGUUCCUGCACAGAUUUUGGUGGACCCCAGUUUACAUGCAGAAUCUACUAGGCUCCCGAGGAAUUGAAGGCCCUUCGUACAAAUUCAUCCAUGGAAACAACAAAGAGAUUCUGGAAAUGAGAAACGAAGCUCUCACCAAACCCUUGGGGUUAUCAGAUGAUAUACUCCCCAGAGUGCUGCCUCACGUUUAUACAUGGAAGAACAAGUAUGGGAAGAAUUACCUUAGUUGGAGAGGAGGCCAACCUCAGCUAGCGAUCACAGAGCUAGAGCUGAUCAAAGAGGUGCUGAAUAACAGGGACAAAGCUUAUCAGAAAGCGCCACCGCCGUUCUACAUCAAGAAGUUAAUGGGAAAUGGCCUCGCCACAUCUGUAGGUGAACGAUGGAUCAGACACCGCAAGUUAAUAAACCAUGCUUUCCAAGGGGAAUGCCUCAAAAAAAUGAUUCCUGAGAUGAUUGUUAGUGUUGAAAUGAUGCUACGAUCAUGGAAACUUCAGCAAGGGAAGGAGAUUGAGGUGUUUGAAGAAUUCAGGUUAUUGACUUCGGACAUUAUAUCGAGAACUGCUUUCGGGAGUAGCUACUUGGAAGGGAAGAACAUUUUCGAUAUGACCAAGACAUAUUCCGACAUUAUACGAAGGAAUGUGUUUAAAAUCAGGCUUCCAGGCAUCAGUGAAAUUUGGAAAACGUCGGACGAGACUGAAGCAGACAAGCUUCUAAGUUUAAUGCGCAGCUCCGUGAUGCGAAUCAUCAAGAAAAGAGAAGAAAAAGUGAAACUUGGGGACAGAGAUGACUUUGGUAAUGAUUUUCUUGGAUUGCUUUUACAGGCAUAUUAUGAUGUUGAUGAAAACAAAAGGAUUCUCGUACAAGAUUUGAUUGACGAGUGCAAGACAUUUUACAUUUCUGGUCAAGAAACCAGCAAUUCCUUGAUUUCAUGGACUGUCUUGCUGCUGGCAAUCCAUACAGAUUGGCAAGACAAAGCAAGAGAAGAAGUGAUCAAGUUUUUUGGUCACCAAAAUCCACAUCCAAAUGACUUGUCUAAACUAAACACUAUAACCAUGAUAAUCAAUGAGGCCCUAAGACUGUAUCCUCCUGCACUCGUCUUUGUAAGGAAAUGUGAAAGGGAAGUUAGAUUGGGGAAAAUGAUUCUGCCUGCUAACCUUCACUUGUUCAUUUCAAACUUGGUUGUUCAUCGCGACCCCGUAAUAUGGGGUGAUGAUGCUCAUUUGUUUAAACCUGAGAGAUUUUCAGAAGGGGUGGCCAAAGCUACAAACAACAAUGUGUCAGCAUAUUUUCCCUUUGGGAUUGGUCCUCGAACCUGCGUCGGUUUCAACUUUGCGACCAUGGUGGCAAAAGUUGUCCUCACUAUGAUACUACAACGAUACAGAUUCACCCUCUCCCCUGCUUAUGUUCACUCGCCUGUUCUAAAUUCUUUGCUUGUCCCGCAGCAUGGAAUUCAGGUUAUUCUCCACUCUUUGCAGAGUGAGGAAAACCCAAGUUAGAAAACAUAAAACAAGUUCAUAUAUCACCUUAAAAUAAUGUAUGUAACCUUAAGUAUGUAACCAUAAUGAUGUGGCAGUGCAAUAAACAUCUGUUAAUCAGUUAUAAAACUGAUAUUCCUAACUAAUAGUUAGGCCAAAAACCUUUGUAUCCAUAUAAGCAUGUUUUCUACCUCUGAAUAAAAUCUCAGUUUAUACUUCUUUAAA